UGGACCGCAGUUGUGUCCCGGACGCUCGCGUCCGUCCAGGUCAGGAGGGAGCUGCGGAGGAGAGCGGAAAAUGCAGGUCACAACAUGAACACGCUCUACGGGGAAUUCGCGGCCACCGGUCACCGAAAAGUCAGGUGCGCCGUGAGCCUGACUGACAGGGAGCUCGUCGUCCAGCGGCUCGGCUCGGUACCCGCGCGCCGGAACCGUGUGGCUCUCAGCCUGGAGGACUGCGUCGGCUGCCGCGCGUACCGGGAAGGUGACAACGCCGACCCGGCGGCAUACCUGGCGGCGUAUUUUUACCCGCUCAAGCGACGCUGGGUGGGCUCCGGGCUCUCGCGGCAGAGAGUGGAGCAGUGCUUCCGACUCGCCGCGUUCCAAGAGCCGCGAGCCAAUCUCGAGGAGGCGCAGAAGUGGGCUUGCGCCGUCCGGGAGCGCUCGGACCGGUGCGAGCACCUUCGAGACGGGGUGCUGCUAUGGGAGCUUUCGCAUCCAUGCCGGAUGCUGCUGCUGGUGAAUCCACAGAGUGGGAAAGGACAUGCGCUCACGCUCUACAACAACCAUGUACAGCGGAUGCUCAACGAGGCCGGAGUCCAGCACACACUGAUCAUCACAGAACGUCAGAACCAUGCCCGCGAGCUAGUGAGGGAGGCUGACCUGUCCCAGUGGGACGCUCUCGUCAUCAUGUCAGGGGAUGGUCUUCUGUUUGAGGUGAUAAAUGGUCUCCUGGACAGAUCCGACUGGGAGGACGCGAUCCUUACACCGCUUGGUAUACUGCCUUGCGGCUCAGGCAACGCCUUGGCUGCAUCCAUACAUCACUACGCAGGCGCUUCGUUGGUGUCCAGCGAGGAGCUCCUGGUCAGCUGUGGCUUCCUUCUCUGUAAAGGCGUGGUGUCCCGCAUGGAUCUGGUCUCGGUCCACCUCUCUUCUGGCACUCGCCUUUUCUCCUUCCUCUCGCUGGCGUGGGGCUUCGUCGCCGACGUGGACGUCGAGAGCGAGAAGUACCGCCACUUCGGGGCGGCCCGGUUCACAUUGGGUAUGCUGGUGAGGUUGGCUUCUCUUCGUGUCUACAAGGGCAAGCUGGCCUACCUGCCUGCCACAGGAGACCGCAACUCGGUGGGAUCCAGACUUACAAACAAUCACAGCACCUUGUUGCGCCUCUCCAUGAGAGAGUCUCCCGUGCAGAACUCCUUUCACAACUCCUGUAACUCCAAUAACUCCCUCAAGGCGAGGAGAAUUGAGUGUUCACGGAGCUCCAACAAAGCUCAAACGAGCCGGUCAGACUCUCUGCUCCCCCAUCUGGGGGAGCCUCUUCCUGGGAGCUGGGUGGUGGUCCCCGAAGAAGACUUUGUCCUGGUGCUGGCCAUGUACCAGUCCCACCUGGCCGAGGACCUGCUGGCUGCGCCGGAUGCCACUUUGGACGAAGGCAUCAUUCAUCUGUUCUACGUCAAAGCGGGAAUAUCCCGUGCUGCGCUGCUCAGGCUCUUCCUGGCCAUGGAGAAGGGUGCACACGUGCCCUCCAGCUGUGCUCAUCUGGUGCACACUAAGGUGCUGGCGCUCAGGAUGGAGCCGUAUUCCCCCAAAGGCAUUAUAACGGUGGAUGGGGAGGUGGUGGAAUAUGGGCCAGUGCAAGCAGAGGUGCACCGGGGCCUCGCUAGACUCAUUAGUGCGUGAAUUUUAACCAGAUGACAUACACACACCCGCAAUACACACAUGUCACAUCCAACUACACACAGAAAGACAGGGACAUGAAAGUUGAAGUUGCUGUUUCUCCUGCGUCCCAGGGGUGCCUUUUAUGUGUGCUUCAGUGGACAGUGUUUCCAAAGAAGAAAACUCUCUAAAGUGUUCAGUGUUAAAUAUAAAGACAAGAGACAUCAUAUUCUCCAUAUAAUGCAACUUCCUCCGACAUUCCAAAAACAUGUUAGGUUCAUUGAAGACUAAAUUGUCCGUAGGUGUGAACGUGAAUGCUCAUUUUUCCCUAGGUUCCCUGCGAUUGACUAGCGACCAGUCCACAAUGCCAGCUCGGAUAGGCUUCAGCUCACCCACAACCCUAAUGAGGACAAGCACGACAAAAAAAAAAAUGGAUAGAUGGAAAAUGCAGAUUGGGGGUGCAACCAAAGAUUAUUUUAAUAAUAGAUUAAUCUGUUUUAUUUUGGGGAGGAUUAAUUGGAUUUUUAAAAAAGUCUAAUUUCCAUAUAUUAAAAAAACAGGACAUUAUUUCAGAUUGACUGCAGAAAAUGCACAAACAUACAGUGAUGAGGAUUCAGUUUCUCGUUCUGUAACGUCUGCCAGAAAAUCGGCAAUAAUGUUGAUCAUUGUUUUCCAAAGUAAAAGCAGAUGUUUGCAAAAUGUCAAAUUUUGAUUAAACACACAGAUUUAUUGGUCUGCUCUCAUGGAGGACUACAGAAAUCCGAGAAUAUUUCUUGUUGAGAGGCUGAAAUUCUGAGCAUUUGGACAAUUUCAAGUUAACACGAUCCCUAAAUGAUUAAUCGAUAAUCAAAAUACUUUCAGAUUAAUUUAAUUGAUUAAGCAAUUAAUUGUUGCACCUGUAAUGCAAAUACUGUAAUUCAGAUACAAAAUACAGGUUUAAGAAUAAUAGUCAGAUCGUGGUUGAUUCCCACCUCCUAGCAUAACAGCCUGCAUAAAAUUGUCAAGAAGAGAAUCAUACCAGUAAACUAAGGCUGGAUUUACGGGAGUUCUAAGUGCCCAACUCCGGUAUAAUUCCGUUUUUUAACUGUCUUAUGUAAAAUGGUCCAAUUUACCAGUUUUCCAAAUUGCUUGGUUGAUUUUUGUUGUGUGUUGUGAUCUAAAGUAUGAGUUACUGACACAAUGUUAACUAAACAUGCUUGCACUGUUAAUUCCGCUUCCAUCCAUCCAUUUGAUACAGCAGCGGUUGAGAUGGAGCAUAUCCCAGGUGACUUUGGGUGAGACGGUUACGGUACACCCUGGACUGGUCGCCAGUCACUGCCAGGGCACGUAUAGACGAACAACCAUUCGCACUAACACCUCCAUCUUUGAAUAAUGUGCACGUUUUGGGAAUGUUUUGGGAGGAAGAACACAAGAAGAAAUCAUUUUCAUUGUACAAAUAAAGGCUGCGAUGCCACCCACAUCAAGAAAGCGGAAUGCCCCAACACGCAUGAAGCAUGAACAUGAAAGCACACUUUACAAUUCCUUUUCUUGCCUCUCCUUAUUUAAUAAUGAACACUGAUGAACUUCCUUCACAUCAUUGUCUAAGUGGAUUCAGUCCGUCAUCAUAUUUAGGGACCUCCAGCUUAAUUGUUGCCGUUACAUUUCAAAAUGCUUACUUCUGGUUGAGCAGGAUUAUUCCUCUCUUUCUUUUUUAUCAUUUGAGAUGCACACAUCAUUUACAUGCUUGUUGGCAUGAUAACGUUUCUCUGUCAAUACCCUGCAUACAAAGCAGGCAAAGACCUUUUAGUAAAAGAAUUAUAGCACUAAAAUAACCAUGGAAACACUUAUUAACAAUCCUCACCGAGAUGUCCGUAAUACUGCGCUAAUGAUUGUAAAACUGACUGUUAAUUGUGGCUUUUGUCUGUUUCAUUUUAUUCCAAAGAUCUCAUUUGGACACAGUUGGGUUGCAAUUGUUUCCCAAAUUGUCAUCAAUUUGAUGAGCCUGAUGCUUGGUGGUGGUGGAUUGGGAUUAUUGAAGUGACUUGUUAAAUGCUUCACAAAUAUAGCGGUGGUGUUAUGCUCAUAAGUGGCACACUAAUUAAUUCUCGCCACAAGAGAUGCUUUGGGAGCAUUGGCAAAGUAUCCUGAAGGAGGGGGCGUGUUUCAUUUCAACACACACAAAUGUAAAUGGGGACUCCACGUGUCUGAAAAACAAAAGAAAAUAAAAGGAUUUCGUAGGAAAUUGUGUAAAAAGAUGGGCAUAGCUGUGUACACUCCCAAACAUGCUGCACUGAAAAGCCUUUUUGUUACCAUUAAAUCAGUGUUAGGACGACUACAAUUU